AUGUUUGUCAACACAGUUGCUCGAUUUCUCAAGCCCGGAUGUUGGGGCAAGUUGAACCAACAUGAUUCCAAAUUGACAGACAUAGUAUGCUACAUGUCGUCACAUUCAGACCCAUUUGGUGUCCGUGCUAAUUCGCCCAAGCCAGCAACUCAAGAAACAACCACUGAACGCAGAGUAAGAGGUUUGCCCAAGAAGUUACCGAUACCUGGGGUGAAUCAUGUGAUUGUUGUGGCUUCUGGAAAAGGUGGUGUUGGAAAGUCCACAACUGCGGUCAAUCUGGCACUGGCUUUGUCCAAGAUAGAGCAG